AUGCGACCAUAUGUGCCCUCAAAUCGUAUCGCCAUACGCGAUUCCAUUGAUGAAGACAUAAGCGACGAUGUAGAUGAUGAGGUAUUCAUUAAGGAUUCAAAAUCAUCAAAGAUGAGUGAGGAGAAGGGCUUAAAGCGUCCUUUAAUGGCACCCAGACGUAAAAAUGGCAAAUCCCAAAAUUCGGUGCCCAUAAUGAAAAAACAUCGCCGCUGCUGUUGGCGUUGCUGUGAACCCUUCUGCUAUGGCCUGGCUGCUUUGACCAUUAUUAUAGCCUUGAUCAGCUUGAUAGCUUUAAUACUAACCAUGGUUCCUGUGUCCAUGCAAAAAAUCAAAUUAUGGCUGCAUCAUCCACAAAUUUCACCCUCUUUACCACUGGCUUUAAGCGAUGAUGGCCAGAAAUCUUAUGGCGACAGUAUGGGCAGUGAAUUUGUGCCUUGUACCCAGAUCAGCGUGCAAAAGCUGUGGUCGCGCACCUUUCCCCGCAUGAAUAGUGAGAGUCCGGUGCGUAAAGCUGAUUUGAAUGGUGAUGAUGUGUCGGAUAUAAUAUUUGGUUUUGGUGUCGAUGACAAUAUCCAGUAUGAGGGCUAUCCGUUGCCGAAAUGCAAGAGCCCCAUUCAAGGGGAUGAGGUGCCCUGUGAGGGUGGUGUUAUAGCUGUGAAUGGUGUUAGCGGGGAUUUGCUGUGGCAAACUUGGAGUGUGGCGAAUGUGUUUUCGCUGUUGUGUACGGUGGAUAUAAAUCUGGAUGGUUAUCCGGAUUGUGUGGCGGCCGGAAGAUUGGGGGUGAGUUAA